AGAGUCAGACAAGUCAUCGAACAAGUGGCCCAGAGGCAGCAGAGGCUCGGCAGGAAAGUUUCUCCCAUCCUUUUCUUCCGGACAAUAAACUAAUUUAAUCCAACCGUCCGGGGACCGGGGCUCUGAGAAACAUGGCUGCUCUCUCAGCCUGGUUCUGGAACGAGAGGUUUUGGCUCCCACACAAUGUAACCUGGGCGGAUCUGGCAGACCCAGCUCCCGGGGUGGAGUACCCCAAAGCUGGACACUUGUUCGCUGCCUUACCGCUGGCCUUGGGAAUAUUCGCCGUCAGGAUACUGUUUGAAAGGUUUAUUGCCAGUCCCUGCGCCCGGAGUCUCCACAUCCAUCCAGGUGUUGGACGAAGAGCUCAGCCCAAUGCAGUGCUGGAGAAAGUGUUUUCAUCCAUUACUAAGAAUCCAGACUCUCGCCAUCUGGACGGCCUCUCCAAGCAGCUGGACUGGGAGGUGCGAAAGGUCCAGCGUUGGUUCAGACACCGCAGGAACCAAGACAAACCGAGCACACACACUAAGUUCCGCGAGAGCAUGUGGAGGUUUACAUUUUAUUUGUGCAUAUUUACAUACGGGUUCCGGUUUCUGUGGCAGUCUCCUUGGAUGUGGGAUACACGGCAUUGCUGGUACGGUUAUCCCUAUCAGGUCAUGACCACGGGGCUUUACCGCUACUAUGUGACAGAACUGGCCUUCUACUGGUCACUCAUGUUCUCUCAGUUCACCGACAUUAAAAGGAAGGACUUUCUCAUCAUGUUCAUCCAUCACCUGGCGACAGUCGGCCUGAUCAGCUUUUCUUACGUCAACAACAUGACACGAGUAGGAACCCUCGUGAUGUGUGUACACGAUGCCUCUGACUUCCUGCUCGAGGCAGCUAAGCUGGCCAACUAUGCCAAGUACCAGCGCUUGUGUGACUUCCUCUUCAUUGUGUUUAGUGUGGCAUUCUUCAUCACACGACUAGUUAUAUUUCCAAUAUGGGUCCUGAACUCCACUAUGUUUGAGAGCUGGUCCAUAGUCGGGCCGUACCCGUCCUGGUGGCUCUUCAACUUCUUGCUGCUGGUUCUACAAGUGCUGCAUAUCAUCUGGUUCUACCUCAUAGCCCGUAUAGCUGUCAAAGCCAUGCUGCGGGGCAAGGUGUGCAACGACGUCCGCAGUGACAUAGAGAGCAGCUCGGAGGAAGAGCCCGACACGCCCACAGACGGCCUCAAGGCUUCUCCUCACGCUCCAAAGGGAGAGAACGGCACCAACGGCCACUGUGCUGCUGCCAAAGCCCGGGUGCAGAACCACAGCAGCUGGUGACAUGAAGCCGGGAGCCCCCUGCAGUUCGUCCCACACAACGUCUCCAAAAGCUUCGUCUCCUGACAUUCCCCUGACGUGCAGGGCUCACACACACACACACACACUAUCACACAUUACAAUGACUGCACUGAUUCAUGAACUGACGAUUGAUUUGCAGACUUUUUCUGCUUUGGAAAGGAGCCCUGUGGUGACAUCAUCUCGAGAUGUGACAUGUGAAAGCUUAAUCGACAUGGAAAUCAGUUGAAGCAAGUGAUUUGCAUCGCCUUGUCUUUUUUCAAAUGAUGGGAUUUCUUUUGUGCUGAGUUUGGCUGCAGAUGUUGAAUUGUUUUCAAUGUUCUCUCCCAGUUUUAUUGGUCAGACGAACUUGAUUAUUUUUGUCUGAAGGGUUCAUUCAGUCUGGAUCACAAACGGCAGAAAACACAACUCGUGAAGUGUGUUGCAUUUCUAGUCUGUGAUGUUUCAGCAGGUUAGGACUGCAAAUAACUACUGAUUUUAUUGAAUAAUCUGCAGAUUAUUUACUCACAUAAUCAAUUGUUUAGUCUGUAAAACGUCAGAAAGUAGUGACAAACCCAGUUUCUUUAAGUUGAAGGUAAUGCCUGUACAUUUCUGUCAGUCAGAAAGCUAAAAACAUUGUUUUUAAUGUGAUGGAAAUUUUACUAUUUUAGAGGCUUUUUUGGCAUUUUUGACAUUAUUUGCAUGAAUUAUUACUUACGGAGUACUACAGUUAUCAAAAUAGUUGGCAAUUUUCUGAUUAGGCGAAUAGACUAAAUGUUGCAGCUCUACAGCUGAGAUUAUAAUAACUGUAUUUUUAUAGCUGUGCUUUCAUCAGCUCGUGUGUGUGUGUGUGACUGAAGUACAAACACAGUUUCUGCCUUCUGUGAUUCAUCAUGAAUUUGUCCUUUUUAACAAAGUUGUUUGGAAACUUUGUGAUCUGUUGUUUUAUUUCUGUUUUACUGUUUUUUUACAACUUCUUCUGAGACCAAAUGUUUAUGAAAUUGUUUGACACUGCCUAUAGAGGAAUCCAGGUAUGAGGACUAUACUGAAUGACUGGUAUCACGUUCUCACUUGAGUGCCUUGUAAAAAAAUAUAUAUAUUUCCAAAUAUAUUCUGUUGUU